UUCGCUUUUUAACGUCAAGUGAACAGAAUUUUAAUUUUUUUGUACAUGUUUAUUGUUACGAUUUAUUGUAACGACCACCUAGUACAACAUGUAAUUUAAAAACUUCUUAUAUAUAUUUUUUCCUCCUCAUACUGUAAUGCAAGUUUAUAGUUAACUCAAUUUGAAUUGUAAAUAAUGUAUGUUAGGUUAUGUGCAGAACGUUACAGGAUGGAUUUUUUUUUAUUAAAAUAAGUUUAUGCGAUAAGAGAAGUCACAUCAUUAUAAUAUAAUGGAUUUCGUGAAGAGAGAAGAUCAACACGUCCUUGACGAAGAAAAUUAUAAAGCUUCAAAAUAUGCGGAUAUUCUCCAGAAACCCUUUCAAUUAGAGGCACCUGACCAGCACACACCAAUAUCCAUGGAACAGCUUCAUCAAGUCAUGCAAACAUCACUGAACACCUCCUUAGUUCACAAUUUCCAACUACCCUUAUCACCACGACAAAUGUCCACACUGAUGCUUAAAACUAACCAUUUAGGCAGAAACUUAAAUUUCAACGAAAUACCAGGAUAUCUACAACGGAAUUUUCCCGAGGUUGAUCUGGUUCACAAUUUAGCCAACGAGCUGCCACAGAACUUGAGACAUGAAGAUUUAAUCAUAAAUAGAAAUUUAGAUAUAUCAUUGGCAAGAAAUUUGUCAAACGAAUUGGAAUUACAGAAUGGUUUGGCGCAAACGUUGGUGCAAAAUUUAAAUGAACAAGACUUGAGGAUUAGUGAGGUUUUGCAGCAGAAUAUGCGACAUGAGAUACCACAUGACUUGAAUCAUGAAUUAGAUCUGUCCCACCAUUUAAAUCGGAAUAUUGAUCCAGAAAUAUUAGUUCAGGAAUCGAGAAGAACACCCAUAGUGCAGUGUGCUCAAGAUAGUCAGUUAUUGGAGCAAAAUUUCUCUCAAGCAUUAGAACAGAAUUUGGCGCAACGAUUGGAUCACAAUUUAGUUCAAAGAUUGGAUCAAAAUUUGGCUCAAAGGUUGGACCAAAAUUUGGCCCAACGCCUAGAACAGAAUUUGGCACAACGAUUUGAUCAAAAUUUGGUUCAACGAUUGGAUCAAACACUAGUUCAGAGGUUGGACCAAGCUAUAGCCCAUAGAAUAGGACAAAGACUGGUGGUCACUGGAAAUGUUCAUGAAGACCAAAAUGUAGAUGGUGACCAUUUAUUGCCAAUGCCAUUCCAAAUAAAGUCAGAACAAGAGGAUGACAGUUAUUUUUAUGAUAAUAUGAGUCAGGGGUUGCCAAAUGUAAAUGGAUUGAAUGGCCAAGUGCAUUCAGAUACAGCUCAGGGGAGUCAAGCCAUACACCAAGAUAGUCAAAUAUAUGCAGUAUAUAAUAACCAAAUACAAAAUGUGCCCGCUUUGAACGCGACAGAUUUAUAUUCUCGACCUCAAAAUUACGCACAAAACUAUAUUACAAAUGUGACUCGAGACAAUCCUCAGAAUCUAGUCGUCAAUAGACAAUUCGAAAACGGGAGCCCUUACGAGGAGGAGUUGAAAAAAACGCGCCAAAACGAAAAUGGCGGGAAAAAUGACAGUACGAAAAUUGAAGAGCCAAAGGAAAAUUUGAAACCAACAGACCAAAACAAAAUAUUUUACGCAGAAUACAAUCCGAACGCGCAAUACACGGAUAAUAACGAAAAAAACGAGAACGAUUCCAGUGUCCAAAAUAAAUUGUCUACGGAAGAUUUGUCUAUGGAUAUUAUUAAAGGUGAGUACACAUGUUACAAAUGCAACGUUAUAUUCCCAUCUAAAAGGCUUUUGAAGCAACAUUCGAAAAACUGUUUGGAGGAUAGCGAGCAGAGUGAGAAAUUAGGUAAAUUCGGUUGUUCCCAAUGUUCUUAUAGAUGCCAAUCUCCCGCCAUAUUGAAAAUCCACGAACGCACACAUACAGGCGAGAAGCCAUUUUCGUGUACUUUCUGUCCUUACAAGUCGGGCCAAAAAAAUAAUGUAGCUAAACAUAUAUUAGUACACAUGAAGGAAAAACCUUUCAAGUGUCAAUAUUGUGAAUAUCGUUGCGCCCAAAAAAAUAAUCUAGUUGUACAUGAAAGGACACAUACCGGUUAUAAACCGUUCGCGUGCCCUUACUGUGAGUAUAGGACUGUGCAGAAGCCCAAUUUAGUCAAACACAUGUACCUCCACACGGACCAAAAGCCAUUCAGUUGUGAUUUAUGUAGUUAUCGUUGCGUACAAAAGACUAAUUUAACAAAACACAAACAGAGACAUUUGAAUGAGAAGGACGGUGAUAAUGUUGAUAUAAAGAGUCAAGUAAAAUCGUAUCGUAGCAGACAGAAGUCUGUAAAAUGUCCGCAUUGUUCCUAUAAGUGCGUUCAAAAAGCUAGUUUAGAGAAACAUAUAGCUUUUAAGCACCCUGAUUGUCCACCGGACCCGGAGAUUCCGGAGGAGGGCUUGAAUUUAAUGAAAAACGACAACGAGAACGAGGCCAUACAAAAUUUGAGCGUGAGAAAGGGCGAUCAAGUUAAUAAUACUUGUUACACGCCUGCCUUCCUCGAUGUCGUUAAAAAGAAUGAGUUAGUCGGAAAGAAUUUAUAAGUGUCCUAUUUUUUUGGUCUUAAUUGUAAAUAGUAUUGUUAUAUUUUUGAAUUUCGAAUCAAUUCCAAUUAGUAGUUUGUACUAAAUGAUGAAUGGUGAUGAAUUAUUCGCAUACACGUGUUGUAAAACCGAUAUGUUAUUAAAUAAAUAUGAAUAUUUUAAAUGAAUAAUUAUUAAAAUAGUUUUCAAAUCACAAGAUCGAUUGUCUAUGGGUCUAUUUAUUAUGAAUGUUUAAAAUCUGACAGAUUUUCAUAUUGAAUCGAGUUGUGAAUUGGCACUAAAGUUUUAGACGAAACUACAACAGACAAGUGGCAAUCGAAUCGAUCGGUGGAAUCGUCAUCGCAAGCGAGUCCUGCAAGAGCAAACAGGAAUGAUAAAUCGUAUGUUGCUGUCUCAUUCUAUCUUAUGUUACUCUCGCUAGCGUUGUCUUCUUCUUUUCCACGCGAGCACUAAUCGAAGCGAUUCUCUCGAUAGAUUCGUCUGUAAUUCGUCUAGGGUAAAUGUCAUUUGUAAUGAGCCCUCUCAUUUAGUGCUAGGGAAAGUAUCCAAAAUAUGCUGGAACAUAAAUAAGCGCAAUCUCUUUGCUUAACUGAACCGUGCUACUAGGGUAAGUCGGCAGGACGGUAAGGGUAAGUCCGGAACGAAUGAUUUGUCUUCGAAUAUCAUCCAAAGGUUGCCUGGAUAAGAUCGCUUUUAGCGAUGAGGACGCCCAUUGUUUUCUCCCUAUGAUCAUUUCUUGUAAUUGUUUGUAUCUAUAAUAAGUUUAGUAUUGUAAUCUUUUGGAGGGAACAAUAAAGAGUAUCUAUCUACCCAUUUUUUUUUAAUGGAUGAUAAUGAAAUGGUAGCCCCGCCUGCGCUAUCGCUAUACGCUGACGGGGCACCAGUGAGAAAUGAUAUUUGAGGAUGAAGUCAGGCCAAUUAGCCCACCGUGAGGGAUUCAAGAAGAAUUAUACACAAUGGUUUCCAUUGGCAACCACGUGGACGUCGACCUGGGGCUGUUUAACUCCAUUACUAACAAUCGCUCCCCCCCCCCCCCCCCCCCCCCCCCCCCCCCCCCCCGGUUUUAUCCAUUGUCCACUAUUGAGCAUAUGUCUUUUCCUUUUCAACUUCAACAAUUUUUUUUUUAUUUUUUCGAAUUUAGAAACAAAAUUUUCGUUCUAUAGCACUACCCGACGCCGACUUACUCUUGUCGCAUUUUAAAGCCUUAAGGUCGAAUUAGGCCUCGUUAAGUUCUCAGUGAUUACCACAACGACAUAUUUUAAUGAAAUAAUUAUCAAAUUACGAUUGCUGUAUCAUUAUUAUUAGGUCUUAGGAAUGUUAACGCAUGAAGAGUACUUUGGGCGUCAUAGAUAAUUCUGUUUUUUUUUUUAAGAUAGCCAUACGGCUUUGGAUGUUUCCUUUUAGCCCAUCUUUAAUAUCUUUUUUUUUUAUACAACUUAGAAUGACAAACAAGCUGACGGCCCACCUGAUGGAAAGUGGUAACCGUUGCCUAUAGACGUGAGCAGUAGCAUGGACAUAACAGAGUAUACUGUUUCGCCCAUGAUACCCCCCGUGCGUUGCCAUUCCUGAGGACUCGGACAUCUAUUACUCUUAUUGUAUUGAAUGUUUUUCUUGAAAAAUUUAUAUAAUUGAAUCUAUUUUGAUAUAAUUACAGUGUUCCAAUAGUGCGCAAGGGAAAUUCUGUGUGUUCUGAACGGUAGAUGGCGGGAAGUGUAGUAUUUCUGUAUGUGAUCUCCAUAGUGUUCUUCAUGUCAAUAGGCUAUGGUUUCCAUCAGGUGGUCAGCCAGUUUGAAUGCCAUUCUAAAUAAAAUAAAAGAAAUAAAGCCCACUAAAGAUCUAUUUGGCGUUUGUUUCGUUAAAUUGUGUCGUUGUGUACACACUUUUAGAAUACAUAUUAAACUUGUCAAUUUGAAAAUAUAGGCAAAGUUAAUUAUGUAUACAGCCCAAAGUUUUAACAUUUUUUUUUCAUUUUAAUAUGAAGUCAAAUCGAACAAAAUGGUAAUUUAAUGUAUUUUUUUUUUUAGAUUUAAUCUUAUUUUUUAAGUUGACAUGGUUGUUUUAAUGUCGAUAUUUAAUAUUGAAAUGAUGAAGUGUUGUGAUGCGCACAGUGGCGCCCUCGUGUUUUGUGUAAUUAUGCCAACUUUAAUCUAUUUACUGUAAAUAAACGAAAAGCAAAGGGAAACAUUACAUUUCUGUGUUGCCAAAGGUUGUCUGAGAGAAAAUAUAUAGCAUUAAGCCCGUCUUUUGUAUAAUAAUAUUAAAAGGAGAAUAAAUAAAAAUAAAAUGUCCACUUCAAUUAUGACAAUUUUUUAAUGGAAACACGUAUGAAGGUAUAAAUUCUAUUGUUUACAAAAUAAGUACAACUUAAUUAUUUUAGAAAUUUUCUAUGUCUGUCUGUAUGUUUAUUCCAGCAUUACGCAAAAA